UGCUGUCUGGCUGGCGCAGUGGGGCACAUAAGCGAGUUGGACAAUUGGCAAUGGCUCAACUAAUGCAUACCCCAAUGGUACGUCUGCUACUGCGGGCAUUUGCAGGCUGUUUGAUAUUUGAUGGCCUGAUGGUUUUUGUGGAUACCUUGUUCUGAUGGUCAAUGGCCGACCUGAAGAAUGUCGUCACAGCAGCAAUUAGAACCUUUAAAAACCUUUUGGCGCCGUUGCUGAUCCUUUUUUUUCUUUGCAAAACAUUGGCUUUAAUAAAUAAAUAUUGUUGGCUUUUGCUAUUGUCUUUUUUUGAAUAUAAACGCAUUUCAAAGGAUGUUUACAAAUGUAAUUUACUAUUGGCAAAGCUGUCCUCAUCUGUCCAUAAAGAAAGAAAUGUCCUUUCGGUUGUCACCAAGGAUUCUAGUAAAGAGAAAUGUUACUUAAAGCCUACCUCACAUAUAGGGGAGAUCGAGGCUUCAAGUUAAAAAGAUGAAUAGUUCUCUUUUUUUUACAAGAGCUCAACUGGAUUUCCUUCAUAUUCUCCUUACUGGAGUUUCACUUUGUUACGAAUGGCAGGUACAUAUCAAAAUAGUUCACGAUAGCCUCUU